GAAUCAAGCCAUCUAAUAGGAAAUUUGUUGCAAGAUUAUCAUUUUUACCAUUUUGCAUUGUUUUAAAACAACUGUCGUACCCAUUUUCGGAUUGUGUUAAUAUUUCCUUAAAAUAACUUACUUCUAUACCACUGAUUUUAACAUAUUGGGUUAUAGAUAGAAUAAUGCACAACCCGCAACCGAUCCUAGUGGUUCAAAAUGCGUCAAAACGCGAUCAAGGAAAACGAGCUCAAAAUGCCAAUAUUCAUGCUGCUAAAACAGUGGCUGAUAUAGUACGUACAACGUUAGGUCCUAAAUCUAUGUUAAAAAUGCUUCUAGAUCCUAUGGGGGGAAUUGUUCUUACUAAUGAUGGAAACGCUAUAUUGCGAGAAGUUGACGUGUCGCAUCCUGCUGCGAAAUCCGUUAUAGAUUUAAGCCGGUGUCAAGAUGAAGAAGUUGGGGAUGGCACAACAUCAGUUGUUAUUUUGACAGGGGAACUACUUACUUUCACAGAACCACUGCUCAAAAAACAAAUACAUCCGACACAAAUUGUCUCAGGGUUUUUAAAAACGUUAGACGAUUGUCUUGAAAUUAUGGAAGCUUCAGCCACUACUGUCGAUUUGUCCAACACUGAACAAAUUCGUACCGUCAUUGAGUCCUGCUUAAAUACAAAAUUUUCCGAUACGUGGAACCGUAUCAUUCCUCCUAUAGCUUUACGCGCUGUUAGUAUGAUUGCAUUUAAUCAAUCAGGACCGUCAAAUAAAAUUGAUAUUAAAAAUUGUAUUAAAGUUGAAAAGAUUCCUGGGGGUACUAUAGACGAUACCGCGGUGUAUGAUGGAAUCGUUUUAAAUAAAGACAUUACUCAUCCUAAAAUGCGAAGAUACAUUAUCAAUCCACGUAUUGUUUUACUGGAUUGUCCUUUAGAAUAUAAAAAAGGAGAGUCACAAACAUUAGUAGAAAUAACUAAAGAAGAAGAUUGGGAUAAAAUUUUAAAACAGGAAGAGGAGGAAGUUAAAAAAAUGUGUGAAGAUAUUAUUGCAGUUGGAUGCGAUAUAGUGAUAACAGAAAAAGGAGUUUCUGAUUUAGCGCAACAUUUUUUUGUCAAAGCAGGAAUAUCUGCUAUUAGACGGGUUCGUAAAAGCGACAACAACAGGCUUGCUAAAAUUUCAGGAGCGACCAUUGCGACCCGAACGAACGAAUUAUGUAGUUUUGAUGUAGGAACAAAAUGUGGACUAUUUGAAAUUAAAAAAAUUGGAGACGAAUAUUUUUCAUACUUCAUUAACUGUGAAAAGCCACAAGCUUGCACUGUUUUACUUCGUGGUGGAUCUAAAGAUAUUCUCAACGAGGUUGAAAGAAACUUGCAAGACGCUUUGAAUGUAGCCCGUAACGUUUAUACGUCGCCUAAAUUGCUUCCUGGUGGAGGAGCUAUCGAAAUGGAAAUUUCUGCUCGUCUAAGUGAGCGAUGUACAGAAACAAAUAACAUGUUUCAGUGGCCAUAUAAAGCUGUUGCAGCUGCUUUAGAAGUUCUUCCAAGAACUCUUGUUCAAAAUUGUGGUGCUAAUGUUGUUAGGACAAUGACUGCAUUAAGAGCUCAGCAUGCUAGUAAAGGAAAUCAUUUUAUGGGUGUGAAUGGAGAAACAGGUGAAAUCAUAGAUGUUACUUCUUUGGGUAUUUGGGACACUUUUGCCGUUAAACAACAAGUCUUACGAACCGCUAUUGAAGCAACAUGUAUGAUUAUAAGAAUUGAUGAUGUUCUUUCUGCUACAAAAAAAAAUAAAGAUCCCUCAGUUCAAAUGGCAGCGAAUAAUGAAGGACAAGCUGAUAGAGAAACGUUUGGUGAUACUCGAGAUGGUUAAUUUUUUUUAAGAAACGUUUUUCUUA